AUGUUUCGUCCAAAGAAGAAGAAAGAGCUCUCCUUGACGGAAGAACUUAAAGAGCUCGAGUUGUUGGAGGAAGGAGAAAUGGUUGACAUCCCGGACCUCGAGAACGACGACCUCAUUGAGGAAAACUCACUGAGUGUGGUUGUCAGAUGUCUCAACCCUACCGUUCAUAAAGUCGGCGGUCUCGUCAAAGCCCUCCCGCCGAUAUGGGGUCUCGAAGACAACGCUCAUGGAAGAGGAGUGGGAGCAGACAGGGUCCAGUUCAUCUUCCAAUCAAGCAGAGACCUACAUCAUGUUCUUACUAGAGGACCUUGGUUUGUGAACGGUUGGAUCGUCUCGCUUGACCAAUGGUCCCCCUCCCCUCCCCCAAACUUCCUCCACAAAAUCCUGUUCUGGAUUAGAAUCCGUGGAAUCCCAGUCCACCUCCUCAAGAAGAAAGCAGUGGAAACUCUCAUCGGUCCCUUGGGAGAGAUAGAAAAGAUAGAGCUCCACGCCAAGAACUCUACCUCAGUGGAAUAUAUUCGUGCUCAAGUCUGGAUAAACACGGAUGAGCCGCUCCAGUUCAGACGCACAGCUCGGUUCAAGUCAGGAGAAGUAGUCCCCACCGAGUUGGAAUAUGAAAGGCUACUCAAGGUCUGCUUCCUCUGCAAGCGCCUAACGCAUGACCAGACUAAAUGUCCUUAUCAAGUCCUCCCACAGGAGCAGCCGCUGUAUACUGCUCCAAUCCGGAGGAACACCCAAGAAUCAGUCAAACCUUCGAGGAGAGUUCAACAGGACGGCCAAAACUCCAAAGCUCCAGCCUUAGCUCACCGAGUAACCAACUCCAGGAAAGCCCAACCUCGGGUCAUAGGAGGCAGAGAGACCUCUACUUCCUUAGCUCAAAUCAGGAAAAAAGAUCCAAAGGGGAAAGCUAUCGCUGGAGGCACAAGCCGCAUCUGGAAGCAAAAGGAAAUUACAAAUACUCCCAGAACCGAAGGCGCAAACUCAAAGAGCACUGGUGAAUCUUCAAUCCCCAUAGGCAGGAACUCCAACUCCUCUGGCAAAAGAUCAGCGCCACAAAGUGGAGACAGGUCCUCUCUGAAUCCAAACAGAGAGUUGACCUCUGUUUUCGAGAGACUUGGCAACGUAGAGCCCACAUCCCCCCGCUCUGAAGAUAGACCCAAGUCUGGCGAAGCACGCUCCAGUUUCUCUAAAGACUCCUCUCAACGCAAAGGAUCCCAAGAAGGACGCUCAAGCAAAGGAAGCAGAAGCCCUCCUUCCGUUUUUGAGCGACCAGGCUCCCACUCAAGAAACUCAGAGGAAGGAAAACCGAACUUCAGAGAAGGCCAGUCCUCGAAGAGAAGAAGACUCAGUAACAGUGGAGAAAGAGAAGCUAAGAAACCUCGGAUGGAACCACUUGAGGCCUCAGUCUUUCAGCGUUUGGGGUCCAAAGGAAGUGGCUCUGGUGAAAAAUCUACAGAAGUUCCAGUUCAUUCUGCUCAUGUAGCAGCUUCACGCCCUCGCCUUUCUGUCCUUAGGAUAGUAUUGGAGAGUGGCAAAAUCUUGGAAGAAGGGUUGAUGGAUAAUUCCAACCCUUCAAAGUCAGUAUGA